AUGUUUUCUUUGUUUUAUGGACUAUGGAAGUACCUGUUCAGCAAGAUGGAGCUUCAUGUACUAAUUUUGGGCAUUGACAAGGCUGGAAAAACGACUUUACUGGAGAAGAUGAAGACGGUCUACUCAAAUAUUGAAGGCAUUCCUCCUGAUCGAAUUAUUCCAACUGUGGGAUUGAAUAUUGGUCGCAUUGAAGUGGCCAAUAGUAAACUUGUAUUCUGGGACCUAGGAGGCCAGCCUGGUCUUCGCACAAUCUGGGAGAAAUAUUAUGAAGAGGCACAUGCUGUAAUAUUUGUGGUUGAUGCUGCUUCUCCCUCACGCUUUGAAGAUGCGAAAUCAACUCUUGAGAAGGUGCUACGGCAUGAGGAUCUUCAAGGAGCCCCUCUAUUGAUAUUAGCUAACAAGCAAGAUCUUCCUGAGGCAGUAUCAGCUGAAGAGCUUGCUCGAUAUCUGGAUUUGAAAAAGUUGGAUGAAAGAGUUUACAUGUUUGAAGCUGUGUCAGCAUACGAUGGGAUGGGGAUUAGGGAAAGUACAGAGUGGUUGGUGGAAGUGAUGGAGAGAAGCAAGAGGACUGAAACGUUAAGAGCAAGGGCCGGUGCAAUGGGUCCAGGUCCCUAG